GCGAUGUCCUGUAAAGAGAAUGGAUGUUUUCUCGCGAAAUGCUUUGGGUGCGAGGAUGAUGAGUUGAGUGACUUGACACGCAGUCGAGCUUUGCAAAGUCCGGAGUUGGAUAGACACGCGCUAGCUGGUCUAUUCGUCGCUGUUCGCUCUGGAUGGGUGCAGUGCUAUGACUGUGUGGGGCUGUGACAGACGACGAGCUGCCAGACGCUGCCGAGCUAGCCUGGUCUGUGCGUCUCGCCAAGAUCUGGUUUAGCGCGGCGGUAGAUCGACUGUCUGCUCUGUCCUGACUGAGAAUUUCAAUUUGCAAAUGUCGAUGACGCAUAUCAGAUGUCACAUCUCCACAGCUAUCCCGCACUUGGAAGGGAGCGGAUGAUCAAGACACCCCUUGCGUGCCCAAACAAUGCGCAUUUGACCUGAAUGCCCGAUCCCGCCAUGGACAAUCUCGGUAUCAGCAGCGACGGCUUGACUCUACCAGAUGAGCACGUCCUGACCGUCCUACCAAGUCGGAGUAUCUUCGAAGAAGACACGAAUUUGGAAGGAGGUGCUGAUCAACGGCUCGCUGCCGAAGGUGAUCUCGAACUGCCAGGUGACGAAGACGAGACUGAGGAUGCGAGCGAUCAAUCGUACAUGGCCAUCGACGAGCCGCUAGCAGGAGGCAACAUCUCCUCGCUGGCAGGGGCUGCCUUGCAGGGCGAGACAGCCCACGGCAUCGUCAGGCUGCUCGCGCUUGUCAUACAAGAGCUUUCGGACAGCGCUGCUGUUGCCGGCAACACGGAUGCACCAGCUCACUCUGCCAUCUUGUGCCACGAUUCCGUCCAACACAUUCGCAGCCAUGCUUGCGAUCUCGGCUGGGGCUGUGGCUUCAGAAAUGCUCAGAUGCUCCUGAGCUGCAUUCGAGAUCUGCCACCGUAUCGCGAACAUCUUCUGCGGCUUCAAGAAGGCGACGAGGCAGAUAUGCUGGCCGGACUACGCAAGCCCGAUGUUAGCGCGGACACAGAGAAAGCCUCGCCCUCUACGACGCCCUCACAACGCGCUGGCUCGACAGUGUGCGCGUCUAUACCCGCCAUCAAGGAAUUGCAAGCUGUAUCAGAGCAAGCGUGGCACGCGGGCUAUGAUGCCAAAGGCGCAUCGCAUUUCAAAAACUCGAUAGAGGGCUCAAAGCGCUGGAUCGGCACGACCGACGUUUAUACCAUGCUCACCUAUAUGGGCAUUCGUGUCGGCAUACUUGAUCUUCCAAAGACGACCGCGAGACCGGGAGAGAACCGCAGGCCUUGCGAGAGGCUCGUUGCCUGGAUUCAGACCUACUUUGCCGAAUCGCUUGGCUUGCCGGAAGGAAGGGACGCUUUGCCGGGGACUGAUAGACCUGCCGGUGCUCCGAUCGUUCGAAUCAGUAGUCGACCGUGCCUCUACCUCCAGCAGCAAGGGCAUUCCCGUACAAUCAUCGGCAUAGAAACCAUAGGCGACAAAGUCAAUCUGCUCACUUUCGAUCCCAGUCGACCGUCAUCGCGCAGGUUGAAGAAGCUUAGCAAAAGUCCUGUAGAAAUGCUCGCAGCCUCAGCAAAAGAAGUUACCGCAAAAGAAAGCAAGACUUUUCGCAUGAUCCGUCGUCUUCGUCAAAAAAUUGACGUCAGUGAAAAGAAACGCAUCGUAGGCAUGUACCGCAUCACGCUCAAUUCGCUCGCAUUGAAAGACCGAUACCAGCUCUUGUACGUCGUGCCUGGGCCCCCGCUCACGCUCGAGGAAAGAGACGCUCGCAAAACGCCAUACAGUCACAUAGCAUGAAGUGCCAGUGUCGUUGU